UCUAGCUCGCACCAAGCUCACAUCACCACGCUUCUCCCUCUUUGUCUUUCUCUCUCUGAACUCUGAAGCCUGCACCGCCCUCCACAGGCCCUGUCAAGGCAAAAAAAGUCGCUAGGAUUCUUCACCGAUGUUUCUUUGUUCACCUUGAGUGAUUGCUAGAAUGGACUUAAAUGCCUCUCCGCAGCCAGAAGAGGAUGAUGAGAUUUUUGAGCCGCACUUAGGAGAAGACAGUGCACCAGAAGAACAUGUUCAUCACAAUGAUAGUGCUGAAUUUGCAGAGAGUGCUGUUGAGAUUUCUCGCCGGGAACGUGAGCAAAGGAUUCAAAAGAUGAGAAGUCAACGGAUGGAUGAUCGACCCCAAUAUGUACAACAACCAUAUAGUCAGGAUGAUAUGUUUCAAACGAAAAGACAGAAAACUCACAAUAAGCUUCCACCAGGUUGGCUGGACUGUCCAGCUUUUGGUCAAGAGAUAGGUUGCAUAAUACCUUCUAAAGUUCCAUUGGGUGAAUCCUUCAAUGAUGCUAUUAUUCCUGGCAAAAGAUACUCAUUCAGACAAGUGCUACAUCAGCAAAGAGUGUUAGGCAGAAAGCUUGGCUUGGUGAUUGAUUUGACAAAUACAUAUCGGUACUAUCCAUUGCAAGAUUUGAAGAAAGAUGGUAUAAAACAUGUUAAGAUUUCUUGCAAGGGGCGCGAUUCUGUACCUGAAAAUGAGGCCGUUAAUCAAUUUGUUUAUGAGGUCUCACUAUUCCUUGCUCGCCAGAAGCACUCAAAGAAAUAUAUUUUGGUGCAUUGCACUCAUGGACAUAAUCGAACUGGGUAUAUGAUCAUUCACUAUCUCAUGCGUACUUUGCCUAUAUCCGUCACUCAGGCAGUCAAAAUAUUUGCUGAUUCGCGCCCACCAGGAAUAUACAAGCCUGAUUAUAUUGAUGCAUUGUACACCUUUUAUCAUGAAAAGAAACCCGAUAUGGUCGUCUGCCCCGGAACCCCAGAAUGGAAAAAAUCCACUGAAUUUGAUCUAAAUGGUGAUGCCAUGCCAGAUGAUGAUGAUGAUGGAACUUCUGCUGCUCUGCCUAUUGCUACUCAGGAAACAGAUGUAGUGAUGACAAAUGAUGACAUUUUAGGAGAUGCUAUCCCCUCCGAACAGCAAGAAGCACUGAGGCAGUUCGUUUACCAGUCACUUAAGUUAUCAGUAGGGGUAAAAGGGUUGUCACAGUUUCCAGGGUCACAUCCAGUUUCUCUCAACAGUGAGAAUGUAAAACUGCUUAGGCAACGUUACUAUUAUGCUACAUGGAAAGCUGAUGGGACUCGAUAUAUGAUGCUGAUUACAAUGGAUGGGUGCUACUUAAUUGAUAGGCACUUUCAGUUCCGGAGGGUCCAGAUGAGAUUUCCUUGCAGACAUACAAAUGAAGGUAUAGCUGAGAAGACCCACCACUUCACAUUACUUGAUGGGGAAAUGAUAAUUGAUACAAUGCCGGAUUCUCAGAAGCAGGAAAGACGAUACCUGAUAUAUGAUAUGAUGGCAAUUAAUUCAGUUUCUCUUAUAGAGCGACCCUUUUAUGAGCGUUGGAAAAUGCUUGAGAAAGAAAUAAUUGAACCGAGGAACUAUGAGCGUCAGCACAUUUAUCAGAGUAGGAACCCCUAUUAUAGAUAUGAACUUGAACCAUUCAGGGUGAGGAGAAAGGAUUUUUGGCUGCUUUCUACUGUAACUAAACUUCUGAAGGAAUUCAUCCCCAGGCUUUCUCAUGCAGCUGAUGGUCUUAUCUUUCAGGGUUGGGAUGACCCUUAUGUUGCUCGCACACACGAGGGACUCUUGAAAUGGAAAUAUGCAAAUAUGAAUUCGGUGGAUUUCCUUUUUGAGGUGGUUGAUAAUCGCCAGCUUCUUUAUCUUCAUGAAAAAGGGAAGAAAAAGCUGAUGGAAGGGAAUGUGGUUGUAUUUGAUGAUGGCUCUGAGCCGUUAUCAUUUUCGGGGAAGAUUAUUGAGUGCGCUUGGAAAGCUGAAGAAAAGGUGUGGGUAUGUAUGCGGAUCAGGCCUGAUAAAGGAACUCCAAACGACUUCAACACCUAUAAGAAGGUUAUGAGAAGUAUAAGGGAUAAUAUCACUGAGGAGAUCUUAUUGGAUGAGAUUCAUGAGACCAUUCAGUUGCCAAUGUAUGCUGAUCGGAUCCAGAGAGACAGCAAGCCUCACUACCACUCGAAUUCUGUGCGGCGUAGGUGAUGGAUGUUGCUGUUAUUGAGUUAGUGGAGUACAUUACCUGAGGAAGUUAGUCAUAGGACAAAUCUGAGCCUUGAAUUUUCUUUUCUUCCUUGCCUGCAAAAUGAUCUCUCUGCCUCUUGAGUUGCCGAAGUUAUCAUAGGAGUAUACUAGCCAAAAGGGAUAUUGAGAUCUUUGACUGGAAGAACCUCAUACUGUGCAUCACUGGUUAUUUGGAUCCAGUUGCUACAUGCUACAUAUUAUGGCCGUCAGCUUCGGACAGCUGGUUCUUGUUUCUGAAAGUUUUCUGGCCGGAAGGAAUUAGCCGUUAGGAUGCCAUGUAUAUUAGUCAUCAUUAUAGGUUUUCUUUGUGUAGUCUUUAUAAUUAUAAUCUCUCCAGAAGUAGCCCUUUUCAGCUUUAGUAUUGCAGUUUUCGAACAUCGCUGUCUUGUGAAUAUUGUUCAAUAUUAAUUACUAUAAUUGAGGAGUAGAUUUCUGAGCC